GGGCGAAGCAUAUGGAAGCGAACCCGGAAGGGCAACAAAAAAUUCAAUUAGGUGUAUGUGACUCUAUAUCUUUCUCUAUGUUUACGCCGCCUGCAGCUUUGCCGCCUUUGCCCCUCAGACCAAUCCUGGACAGGCGAACCUGACCAGCCCGUCGCAAUAGGCUUUAAACGGGCACUUCCCUCAGCCAAUGCCCGUUCGAUGUGCCUCAGUGGGCGGUGACGGCCGCCUUCUCUCACCAAUCCCGGGCGUGCACCUCUGACAGGCUUAGCCAACGGCCCAUAAACGGACAAGCUCUCCCCGCCCUUCCUCUCUCUCCCUCAGCCAAUGCCUGCUCGGAGGGCGGGGCCUGGGCGGGUGGCGUCCGUUACAAACCAGCGUGAGGUAAAAAACCGUUAAACGGUCAUGGCGUCGCCUGAGGCCCAAGCCGGGGCCUCCCGGCCUCUCCCUCCCCGCGCCCCCGGCUCCCCCGUUUUCCUCACGGUGGAGAUGCAGGCGGGCGGGGAGCCGCUGCGGGUGGUUCCUCCGGGCGGCCUGGGGCCCUUGGAGCCCCCCCGGGACCUUCCCCUGCUGGCCCGCCGCCGCCUCCUCCUGGAGCUCCCGGAGCUGGACGCGGCCCGGCGGCUGCUGAUGCACGAGCCCCGCGGGCACCGCGACAUGUACGGGGCGGCGCUGGUGCCCAGCGAGCUGCCGGGCGCCGCCUUCGGGGCUCUCUUCGUGCACAACGAGGGCGGCAGCGCCAUGUGCGGCCACGCCGUCCUCUGCCUCGCCCGCUUCGCCCUCGACUACGGGCUCUGCCCGCCGCCUCCGGGACCCGACCAGGCCGCCGCCGUCGUCAUCCACUGCCCCUGCGGGCCCGUCACCGCCUUCGCCACCUGGGACGGCCAGCGCAGCGGCAGCCGAGUCCGCUUCCACAGCGUCGCCGCCUUCGCCGCCGCCACCGGUAGGGGGCAGCGUCGCCGCCUGGACUGUCCCGUCUUUCCAUGUCAAACGCUGCGUCCUGUAUGGACGCGCUUUUGUCCUGUGUUUCAGGGCAUCUCCCUCUGCCAAGUUAGGUGAAAUAUACUCGGAGUCGAGAGUGGAUUUCAUGCUCUUUAUUCAGCUCAUAGUGGUGAGGAGGAAUGGGAGUUCCCCCAGAAUGACUUACAUACAGUGGUGCCUCGCAAGACGAAAUUAAUCCGUUCCGUGACUCUCUUCGUCUUGCGGUUUUUUCGUCUUGCGAAGCACGGCUAUUAGCGGCUUAGCGGCUAUUAACGGCUUAGCGGCUUUAAGAAAAAGGAAACAAACUCGUAAGAACUCGCAAGACGUUUCGUCUUGCAAAGCAAGCCCAUAGGGAAAUUCGUCUUGCGGAACGACUCAAAAAAUGGAAAACUCUUUCGUCUAGCAAGUUUUUCGUCUUGCGAGACAUUUGUCUUGUGGGGCACCGCUGUACAUACAUUAUUUACACAAUGGGCCCCACGUGAUUGGCUAAUUCCGGGAUUCUCCUAUAGGCCAAUCAGGUUGCGGAUUCCCUUCCGCCUGGAGCUGGAUUGGUGGGUCCUGUGGACCAAUCAGACUGCUGCCUUUUGGAUCCUAUUCAACUCAGUACAUAACAUUAGGGGUCCUCUCCAAAGGCAUGUGUGUGAAACAUAGAAUCAUAGGAUCUUAUGAACUGGAAGGGACCCCCAGGGGCAGUGCCAGAUUUACUUACAAGCUAAACAAGCUACAGCUUAGGGCCCCACUCUCUUGGGGGCCCCCAAAAAAUUUAAAGGGGGGAAAAAACUGGAUGUACAUUUCCAAAAUAUAAGAUAAAAAACAAAUAAAAUAAAACCUACAUACAAGAACAGUGGCAAAUACCUAUUAGGUCCAUAAAUUACCAUAUAGCAUAUAUUCAACAUAUAUUGUAGGUCGAUCAAAUGUCUUGGCCAUUUGUUCUGUCAUAUUUAUUGGCUACUAGGUACAUCUGCAUUGGCCGCAUUUUCACAUAACCAAACCAAACUAUGGUUUAGUGCAAACACACUGGCUCACUUUUCCCCUCCUCAGUCGUUGGGAUCUUGGUUAAACUCUCUCCUUAAGGUUUGUUCUUGGCUACAGAUCAUGGUUAGGAAGAGAAAGCUUAUCCACAAUCCUGGGUUUGGGCAACAUGCUAAGCCAAACCUUGAUUUGCACUGCACUGAGUUACAGGACCUGACGAGAAGCAAAGUGGGUGUGAGAUCAUCUCUGGGAGCCACCAUUAUCAUGUAGUUCCAGAAAGCCAUUGUGUGGCUUUCCUUGAUUUGCAAGGCAGGUCAUUUUCUCAUUCCACUGUUACAGGUACAUCAUGCUCUACUUUCUACCUAAAGUGGGCUUCCUCUCUGUUUCCAUACAUAAUUGCCUUGCUGUGGUUUCAGGUAUAUUUUGUUCACUAGUGCUAUUUGUUUUAUUUAUUUAUUUAUUUAAUUUAUAGCCCACCCUCUGUGCCAAAGGAGCCCUGGGUGGUAUGAAGCACUUAACUACUUUUUUUAUCAAACUGAGUGGAGAUGGAGAUCCAGUAUCAUUUUCUUCUUGCAGGAAGCAGCAAGUUAAUUGCACAAUUCAUAAAAUAACAAACUUAGUUGGUCUCUCAGGUGCUACUGGAAGGAAUUUUUGUUUGUUUGUUUCGACUACGGAAGUCCCCACACGGCUACCUACCUGUAACAUAAAAUGACAAUUAGCUUUAGUUUAAUGGGAUCCUCUUUUUUUUUUAACCACAUUUUCUCCUUAAUUCUGACUGCACAAUCCCAUAACUGAUAGGAGAAAUUUAGAAUGAACUUCUUAUUUAGUUCCCAGGUGUGGGAAGAAUCUAAAUGAAGUCAUGAAUUCUCUCAUGGUCUGAAUAGUUCCGCAGUAGCAAAUGACUUGCCUCCACUUAAGACUUCAAAUAAAAGUUUGGUUUCCCCAAGGAAUCUUGAAAGUUAUAGUUCUGUGAAGGCGGGUGUGGGCAAGAACCUCUAAUAUAAUUCUUGGUAUCCUCUCUAAAGUUAAAAUUCCCAGGAUCCUUUUUGGGAAACCACAAUAGUUCAAUUUUAACUGAUAACAAGGCUCAUAAAUGUGUAGAUUUGCACAAAAAGUAGGUGUCAGGUCAGGUAUGUAGGAAUAUGCUUUUUAUUAUUCUGACCCUGCAUGCUAGAUAAUCAACAAAUAUGACUAACCUUCUUUUCUGCUAUUCCCCAGGCUCUAACUUUGCAUCUUGGAAAGAACACCUAUCUGCACGACACUUCCUUUCAUGAAUGUUCUAGUGAGCUGUACGUUUUGUUGUCUGAGACGCUAAGUUGGCAGUUUAUUUUUAAAAAUAAAUAACAAGCCCCUAUUUGCCCAGUGCAUGCUCAGUGAAAUCAUGCUCUGUAGUCAUGCAGUGUUGAUCAUUGGUUGGAAAAGAAAAGGGAGAGGAAUGAAAUGGACUUUGCUAAAGAAGAGAGUAACUGGCUGGAACCUUGAACAGGAACUCUCCUGGUAGGAGGCAAGGAUAUAUUGGGCCAGAUUCAACUAAAUAGUCGUGCUACUGGGAACCAGCACAAGUCAUCUCAGCACAACAGGGCUUCCCCCUGAUCUUCUGCAUGCCCUCUGUCUCCCCAUCAGCUCUUGCGGGUAGGGAGAACCCCAGAACAACACGUGGGGGGGCGGGGGGGAGAUCAUUCCAUAUAGCAAGCAAUGCUUGCACAGACAGAACAAUUGUUAUAGCACAAUGUUUGUUCCACUUGUUUCAAAUAAUAGUAUUUAAGUUACUGGGGGAUCCUAAUUGUUUCUGUGUCUGUUGUGCUGCCUGAAAAAGAAGUCUAUGUUAAUUUGCAGGAUGGUAAAAAUGUUCUGAUGACUGGUGCUCAAUUAAUUACUCUUAAGGAGCAGACCUAACUAUAGGAAGCCAAACUUUAAACUGGUUUAAACUAAACUGGCAUAAAUCACUCCUGUUCCAAGCUGUUCAGUAACAAGGCUACUAACUGCCUGAAUUGGCCUAAGCCUGGUAGAGGAAAGACAAACCUUUAUAGAGAUUGACUUAUUCCACCGUUUUUCCAGUGUAAAUUCUGCUGGUUGCCAGAUUAGGAUACAGUCCCCCUGAUAUAAGUCCCCCGGUUCAGUCUCUCCCCCAGAACACCCAUUCUUCAGGGUUUUUGCUGCCAUAGGUCUCAGCCAGCUAUGCUGUCCUGAGGGAGUUAUGCUGGCAUCUCUCAGGAUGAGCUGGAAUGUGCUUAUGCCAGCAUAGGCUGGUGGACCCAGAUACCUCGCUCAUCCCAGCAGAUCUGGGGUUUGCAUUGCUCCCUUAGUCUUUAGUUACCAGACUGCUUUUCAGCAUUCUUAACUGAUACUACUGUCACCAUAAUAGGUAGAUAGGCACUAUUGUUUGGGGUGAGCGGAUGUCAGAACAGAUUACAGAGGGGAAACGUGAAUUAUUUGCAGUAAUGCCUUGUCCUUUUCUUGAUUAUUAGAUUUAACCGUUGAUGUUCCUGGCUAUGGAAAAGUAGUUGUGGAUGUUGGAUAUGGUGGCACUUUCUAUGCAUUUGUCAGUGCUGAUCGAUUGGGACUUGAUCUUUCUUCUUCAAGGAUUAGGGAUCUAGUAGAUGCAGCAUCUGCAGUAACUGAAGCAGUAAAGGCUCAGGUAUAGUCAGAUUUUUCUGUAUUGUACAAUAUAACUAAAUUAUUUAUAUACUUUUAAAUAAAUCUAUGAGUUAAAUGUCUUUAAAUUACUAAUCUACUUGUUCAUAUAUUGCCUAUAUUAGUUAUUUGUAACAUAAAACAAAAGAAAACCAGUGUUGUUAUGCCUCUUCAAGUUCACUUGGAAGCAAGUCUUCCUUGCCAUAGAUUACUAAGUUACUGUUUCCAAGCCUGAUUGGCAGACUGCAUAAUAUUGUGAAUGAGGUUUCUCUCUUCCAAAUGGAGCUGAUGCAAAUCAUGCAUUGAUUGUUAAAAAUAUCAAAGUCCUGUUUUUUUGUGGGCAGCCAAUCUUUUUCCAUAAUCCUUUCAAUAUAACGUAUACAUUAUUUUGUUAGACAGAAAUCACUUUGACUAGCUUUGUCUUAGAAACAGAUUUAUGCAGUCUUGUCCACUCUUAAGUGUCUAAAAGUCGUUUGCUGUUCAUAUAGUGAGAUGCUUUGGAGCAGUUGGGAGUGGGAACUGGGGUGCUCAGUGCUAGGAAGAAGGUGCGGGGGCGGGGUGAAAUCCAAGAAAAGUCUCCAGCAGAAACUGAACUGUGAUAUCCUCAAUGAUAAUUCCAUGGAAGCUGCUGUUUUCUCAUUGGGAGGUUACUGAAAAUAAGUGCAGCAGCCUUCUAACAUCUGUACAAACUUGGCCUCAAGGCAUAUUGUAAGGACCUGGACCAGGGGUAGCCAACAUGGCACCCUUUAGAUGUUUUGGACUGCAAUUAUGAUCAUUGUUGACCAUUGGCUUUGCUAGCUAGGAGCAAUGGGAUCCAGAUGGUCUUUAAGCACGUGGUUCCAGUACUACAAAGAGACUGUCAAUUCCUUCUCCUGAGCUAUACAUCCUCUUAAUAGUAAUAAUACUAGAUGUGCACAUAGUCUGUGAGGUCCUUAUUAUUAUUGCUACUUUGUUGCAUUUAUCUGAUGCCAUUUUCUGUUUUCGUCUUCUAGUUCAAAGUUCACCAUCCUGAGAUUGAAGACACGGCUUUCAUUUAUGGGACUAUCCUGACAGAUGGGAAAGAUUCAUUUAGCGAUGAACCAACAAGCAACAUAUGUGUGUUUGCAGAUGCACAGGUAGAGAAUACUGUGCAAGAGAAGUUCCACCUUGCCCCUUUUCAUCACAGGGGUUCCCAAUUUAUAUUUGUAGUAGAGAAAAGGAAAAGGCAGCAUAUCUGUAGGAUGCUCAAUUCUGCAUUCCUUGCUCUAUACAGCUCUUAAAUUCUGAGACACACUAGGAGCUGUAUAGAGCUAGGAACAUAGAACUGAGUAACAAAGUCCAAGAUCUGAUUGACAAAUUAAGUGAAUCGAGAAAGAAACAAAAUAUUUCCCGGCCUGACAAAUUGACCCAAAUGAUGCUUAAUGGGGAAAUGUAUCUACCAUCUUGGCCAGGAAAAAAAGAAAGACUUGGCUUCUGUUGUGGAGCUAGGCAACUUCCAACUUUUUGCACCAGGUCAGUGAGGAACCCCUCCUUUUUAAAAUUCUCCCAUAUAUACAGAACUCCCCGUGUGCCUUUUGGACUGUAUCUGUAGGUUUCCCCUCUGUGUCAAAUAAUGGGUCAGAUAGGUGUUGUUUACUUUUUAUAGUACAUGGAAGAUUGAUCUCCCUCAGGAGGUUCUGCACUCUUCCAGGGAGGUUUCUAAGCAGAGGUUGGAUGGCCACCUGUCAUGGAUGCUUUAGCUGAGUUUCCUUCAUUGCAGGGGGUUGGACUAGAAAGAUGACCCUUGGGGUUCCUUUCAGCUCCAUUAUUCUAUGUUUUUCUGCUUCAACAAUAUUUCAUUAUGUUCCUAUCAUUCUAUGUAAUUGUACAAACAAAAUAUUUAAAUAGCUACCUUUCUACCAAUAGGACGGGGAGGGGGCAUGGGCAUAGCCAGGAUUUUUGUUAGGGGGGCAGGUUUUUGUUGGGGGGGGGGGCAGAACCUCAGAUUUGUAUGGAUUUUUAAUUAUUGAGGGAGGGCAAUUGUCCCCGGCUCCCCCUUGGCUACGCCUAUGGGGAGAGACAGGAAAGAAAGUCAGAAGGGGGCCACAGUCAGAAAAAGGUUGGGAAAAUUUGUUCUAGGUAGCUUUUAAGUUUCUGGGUGCACAUGGCCACUUUCUCUCUUUAAUAUUGAAUAGCAUAAUUCAGGGAUAUAAUUCAGGCACCUUUUAAAAAAGUAAAAGUCAUUAAUUACAUUUGUUGCAUUUCUGAAUGAUGCAGCUAAAAGACGUCUGCUUUUCUCCAAACCAGGUUGACCGAAGUCCUACCGGGUCGGGUGUGACAGCUCGCAUUGCUCUACAAUACCAUAAAGGACUCAUUCAGCUGAACCAGACCAGGACCUUCAGAAGCAGUACAACUGGUUCCCUGUUCACUGGAAAAGCAAUAAAGGCAAGCUCCAAACAUUUAUCUUUGGUAAUUUAGAAAAAUAAAAAGUAUGUGAUGGAGUGGUGGCUUUGCUAUCCCUGGGUCUUGUUUAGUCGGAUAGCUUGAAUUCUUCCAACAUUCACAGCAGGGUUACUUCAAUUGUGGAUCAAAUGCUCUCAGCAAGCCAAGAAAAACUGAUCUUGUUAUAAGAUCAUGAUGCCAUUAUAUUAAUUAGGACCAAAUGAUUAAUGGUUUUCAUUUAUUUUUGUAAAUUGUCUCACUUUUGCUUAAAACAUAAUGUAAACAAUUUAAGCCUUAAAUACUGGCUUUAUAUUCUGUUCUGUUCUUUCAUUGUCACUUUAGUUUAGAUGUAUACAUCAUCACAUGUAUUCAGAUGCUGCCUACAAAAGUUUGUGCUGUAAGUAAACCAGUGUAUUUUUCCUAAUUAAUCUGAAGCAUUUUCUUUUGACCCAGGAAACCAAAUGUGGUGACCACAAUGCUGUUAUUGUAGAAGUCUCUGGAGAAUCCUUUUAUACUGGAAUGUCAACCUUCACUUUUGAGGAGGAGGACCCACUGAAAUACGGUUUCUUUCUUAAGUGACUGUGCUACUAUACUGCUUCCAAUAACCCUGUUUACUUUGAUAUGUGUAUUUUGCUUUCUUUUAAUUGCUGGAAUUACCCUCUAUCUUACUGGUGAUUAAGGCUCUCAUUCAGUUUCACCAAAGUGGUUCUGAAGCUCCUUGUCUGUAUAUAAAAUGUAAUAGGAGAUAGUGUGGCACUGUGUCUUAAGACUGAACUGUGAAGUAGCAGGUUCAUUUGAUCGCCUUAGGUAGGCCCUACUAAGUCUACACCCUCCCCAUCUUCAGUAGGGAGAUAAUAAUACUGACAUGCUUUACAAAGUUGUUGUAAAGAUUACCAAUAUACAUAUAUAAAUGCUUGUUCCUGUUACUAGCAGUAGGCUGGUCAAGAUUGAUAAGCAGGAAAGGGAUGGCGGUUUCUUCCCCUUUCUUCAACCCCACAGGCUCAUUCACCUGGUCUGGUUUGAUAAAGAAUAAAAUGAAAGCUCAUUUAUGUGGGAGAUUCUCUUGGGGGGCGGGCGGUGUUGAACAUGUCUUUGCCAUUAGCCUCCAACCCUUGAGAUCAGAGUUUGGGCAUACCUGUAUAACACCACAAGUUUGUCUGGGUAGUGUUGCACCUUCUUGACCAAAUACUCUGAUUAUCCUUGAAACACCUACAUGCCCCCCUCCUUUCUGCCUGGCACUUUCAAUUUCAACUUGCGUGACUUUGUAAAAGCAUGUCAAACUAGUUAAAAACAGCAACUUAGAAGACCUCUGAAGGCUUCAAAACUGUUCCGAAGCCAGCCUAUUUUGGCUACCGCAGCUUUGGAGCCAAUCUGCUUCAAAUUCCAAGACAGUUUGAUUUUUUCAAAGGUGAGGUUCCUACCUCUGACUUGUGUCCUGCCUGAGGUGAAUGCAGUACCCUAAUGAACAAGACUGCGAAAUAACCCCUGCAGGGGGCCAUUUUUAUAUUCAAAGUGCUACAGAAUUUGUAUGUUACAUUUCUUAGAGCUUUUUGAUGGCUGUUAUGUCUCUUUAUGCUGUUUUCAUUGCUGAACGUCUUUAACCUUUACUGUAAUGCUGCAGUGCAGGUGCAAAUGUUUGAACGCAAUACUUUAACAUUUCCCUUCUUUGUGUGAAGUUCCUGGGAUAUCAACAGGCACCUGAUUAAAGAAUGUGUUAUAAGUUCUUUAUUUCCUGUAACAGACUCUAGCAAUAAGUCAAGCUCUGGAAUCCUGAUUCUCAAAAGAGGAAGAAGGUAUGACUUCCGCACCACAAGCUUCAUUUAAAAUAUGCUUUAGUUUUAACAUUUAAAUUUAUCAGUAUUUUAGUUAAUAUUUUAUAUUGUCUUAUGUAAAACCACUUAGGGCUUUUUGUUUUUAAGUGGAAUACUAAGCAUGCUGCAGCCCCACCUUGUAAAAUAAAAUUAAAGAAUUAUGUCGUCAUACUAUGCUUUCUAUCUAUAAUAAAAAUUUAAACAUCGCCUCCUU